CUUCUCUUCCUCCGUGGCCAGAGAGGGCAGUCAAGAUGUCCGACAGCGAAGACAGCAACUUCUCCGAAGACGAGAGCGAGCGCAGCAGCGAGCCGGAGGAGGUGGAGGAGAAUGAGGCAGAAGAGAGGGCCAGCGUCGUAGGAAGUGAGAAAGAAGAAGCGGAGGAGGAAGAAGAGGAGGAAGAGGAAGAGUAUGACGAGGAGGAAGACGAAGAUGAUGAUCGGCCUGCAAAAAAACCCAGACACGGAGGCUUCAUUUUGGACGAAGCUGGUAAAAACGCCCUGCCUUUCAUGGUUGGGGUUUUUAUAGGGUAGAAUACAGGGGUUCCACCACAAAACCGCGUUCGACUAAAG